CCGCAAAUAAAUUAAUUAAAUUGUGCAAAAAACAAAACAUUAAAAAAACCAAGUGGAAAAAUUACAGCUCCAGCUUUCGAGUACUAUUUUCAAGAAAAAAAAAACGAGAAGAAAACAUAGAAUCAUACUAAAAUAUACAUACAUAUUAUAUAAAUAUAUAAUAAACUAACAAAAUGUUGGUCAGAUUUUUCCGCAUAUUUGUUAUUAUUGUACUGACUUUGCAUGCGCUGAUGCCAGCCAGCUAUUGUGGACCGUUGCCAAAAGUGGAUGAGCAACAACUUUCAAAGAUACCACAAUGGCAUUGUUUGCGCUACUUCAAACACGAUUUGUUGAUGAUGCGCCGAUGCCGGCAUUUGCAUGUACCCACGGCGCCACGUUCCGGUAAUGUCAAAUGAGUUUUAAUGCCUGGAAGGCCAUGGCCUCCAACACAUUUGUAUGGUUCUGUUGUGGACUAAUCAACUAUAUACAUAUGUAUGUAGAUGAGUUAAAUGGGAUAGGAGGAGGAUACAUACAUAUGUAUAUAUGUAUAAAUCAAAACGGAGUCAUAUGAGAUUAUUGCAACGGCAAAAUCAGUAGCGGUAAUAAGCAAACAAAAAAAAA